UUAUUGUUGCAGGAAAAAGGCGUGGCUCAAUGGAUAUCACAUAAAUGUCAUUAAAAUGAUUUAGAAAUCAAUAAUAUUCAUUAUUCAUCAUGGCAGUUAGUAAAGUUUGUAAACAAAGUGAUAUUUUAAAAACCUCUGCUACUGAAGACGAGGAAUCACUGGAACACAGGCAUAAAAGGAGAGAGACAGAAAUACCCAGUACUGGCACCCACUCUGAUAAUAUCUGUGAUGAUAUACUAACAAUUGAGAGAAUCCAAUGUGAACUGUUACUACAGCUGGAUUAUUCCUCUAGUCACGUGACUCAUGUAUAUAAUCCAAUAGACUAUGCCUCAGAGCCUCACUGUUAUUAUGUAAGACAGUACGGUAAUGGAAAGAAACAAGUUCUAUUUAUUGGAAUGAAUCCAGGGCCUUUCGGAAUGGCACAAAAUGGAGUACCAUUUGGUGAUGUAACUCAAGUCAAAGAAUGGCUAGGGGUCAAAGGUCAAGUGUUUAAACCAGAAAACGAGAAUCCUAAUAGACCAGUAAAGGGACUCUCCAUCACUCGUAAUGAGGUUUCUGGCACAAGGUUCUGGUCUCUCAUGAAAUCCAUUGCUGGGACUCCAAAAGCGUUCUUUAGUAUCUGUUAUGUUCAUAAUUACUGCCCACUUUGCUUCAUGACGGCCUCCGGUAAAAACGUAACUCCUCCAUCAUUGAAAGUCAGAGAGAGAAAACAGCUUGAAAGUAUAUGCGAUAAAUCACUGACUGAUUUCAUAUUAUUGUCAAAUGUUCGGUAUAUUGUCUGUGUUGGUAAAUAUGUGGAAACAAGAGCUAAGCUGAUUGCUAAAGACUUUACUAGUUGGAAGAUAGAGAUUGGUUCCAUCACUCAUCCUUCACCUAUUAACCCAUCCGCUAAUAGAGGAGACUGGGUAGCUAUGGCCACCCAACAAUUAAGAGAAAUGAAUGUAUUACCAGUUAUGAUCAAUGAAAAUCAUAUUUAAACCUUUAAUAAUCACUUUUAACAACCUUCACAAA